CCUGGGACUGACUCGUUUGACGGGAUAGGACUGUUUUAAGACUCCUACUUGGCCUCAUUCCGCCACUGGAAGCAACCAUCUGCAGUACGCAUGGGACCGCUGUGACAAACACACACUCUUCUGUUUGGAUUUUGUACCAGAAGGCUGCAUUUAUUUGUUUUUUUUGGUUGACAUGUUUGGGUGGCACCUAAGAUGAGAGGCUGACUUGUUGGAUUUUGUGCCUACUUUCCAGGAACAUCAAAAUGAAUCAGGAUGAGACGAUGGACUUUAAGGCCCUGAGGGCAAAGUUCCAAGAGGAAGAUCUCCUCAUAAGGCAGAAGCCCAGGAUGAAACCCGCCCUCCCAGAGAAACCCAAAGUGGUCCCUUCUCCCCACAGCCCCACGCAGUACCUCCCAGCUGGAGCUCGCCCAUCCCUGCUCACCUCCAUCAACCAGAGCCUGGAGGGAAGGAACACCUUGGUCCCCAGGGUGGUCUUCAAGGAUGAUAAGGACAGUAAGAAGCCUCUCAUCAAGACUAACUCCAAGGGGCUGGAUAAGAGUGAAGGGAAGCUGAGGGGUGGCAAAGACAACCUGGUGAAAGGAAGCAAGGAGCUUGAUGAGAAGAAAGACAGCAGUAAAGACGAGAAGCUCCCUGUGGUGACCACUGCAGACCUGCUGUCGUCCCCAGUGCCCCCUAAAGCUCAGACCACCAAGAAGAACGGCUUAAUGGGCUUCAAAUGGUCAGCAAAAAGUAACUCAGAUGACAUUCCAGCUGAUCCCACCUUGGACACCCCCAGUUUGGACAUUCCUGGACCAGCCCCAGUCUAUCCCACACCUCCUGAGUUUGAAGACUCGGAGCCUGAAACCUCAGAAGCACCAAACAUGUUCUCCUUAUCUGAUUGUGGAGUGGAAUCAAACCCUGCCUCUCCUGGCUUCACGCCUCCCCCCGCCUUCAUUCCAGAUAUUCCACCUCCAAACCUCCCGUCCUCUGUGAGUGAAGCCCCACUGGAGAUGGAAACCCCCACCCUGCCCAUUUACAUACCUGACAGUCAAGGUGAUAUCAGCCCAGUGGAGACCUCUCCAACCAUCUACCAGACCAUCUUCAGCCCUCCGCCUGAAGUCUCCUCUCCACCGCCUAUUAGCAUAGCCGCGCUGCUCAACCCACCACCCAGAGACCCUCUGUCCCUCCCAUCAUCUCCACAAGCUGAGAAUUCAUUGUCGCCCAUUUAUGCCUUGGAGAGGGCGGAAGACAUGAACCAAGUGAGGAGGACCUCCCCAGCAGACCAGAGGAUCCUGAACGCUCUGAAGAAUGCUCGCAGGAAGCUAACCAACAACGUCCAGACGAACAAUUCCACCUGCGCGACACUUCCUCCUGAGGAUCUCUACCUUCCUCAGAGCACGCUUACAAAUCUCCCACCCAUCGACUAUGACUCCAUGACGGCCAGACAACUCAACGGCAUGGAUCACAGACAAGGCUCUCCGGCAUUAGAGGGCAUAGACCAAGAUGGGACUGAAGACGUGCCAGAGUUGUUGGUGGUCCCACCCCCUCGACCCAGGAGUGUCCCCCCGGACCAAGUCACUCCAGCGGCUCCUCCACAGAAGCCUGCCAAACCUUCCAACCUCAAAUUUCCUGACUUUAUCCCAAAUUCUCCACUCCAACAGAUCCCUGCAGUGCCUUUGGAAUUCUCAGAGAAAGACACCAGGAAUGUGGGAUACCUUGACAGCGGGGCUUCUCCAAAGAUGCCACAAUGGACCAAUGGGGGGUCCACCAGUCCAGAUAUUCCAGCUGGAGUGACCCUUCCACCAUCAUACAGCAAUGGUGUCGUGAUGCCAGGAGCUACACCCCAGGGGGCUACAGGGUUUGGUGUUAAAUACCCAGACCAGCCACCUCCCUAUCAGGCAGAGUCGGCCUUUUUCAUCCCCUUGGACAGUCAAGCGAUGGCAGGUCACAACAGCGUCGCUACGGGAAAUUCUUACUACGACGACAUGGCUAAAAAAAAGGCAAAGAGUGACGGGGGCAAGAAAAGGAAAGGACCUCCAAAGAAUCCAUAUGCCGAGGCCUCGCAAGAACUUAAUGAAGAGAAAACCAAGACAGGCAGGUUGGGAAAAAAUGACAAGAAUGUGGUGGAAGGUCCUGAUGAAAAGGAGCUGAAAAAGAGAGAGAAGCAGCGCCUAGAGAGAGAGAAGAAAGAACUGAAGGAGAGACAAGAGAGGGAGAAGAAGGAGCAAAAGGAGAAGGAGAAGAGGGAGAAGGAGAUGAAGAAGAAAUUCAAGAUCUCAGGUUACGAGGAGGCCAUGUACUAUGCGACUGUCACCGUGACGACGAAAGGACGCAAGGACGACCUGCCCGUCAGUAACGGCGACAGCAUCAGCAUCAUCAGGACCACCAACUGUCCCAAAGGCAAAUGGUUAGCACGGGACUUCGCCAACAACUACGGGUAUGUCGCAGUUGACCACGUGGAGCUGGACAUCAAGGAGAUGUUGGAGCUGGGAAAGAAAGCUGCCCCCACUCACACCAGCAAACUCAGGGAUUCUGAUGUCGCCAACACAGGAAGCAACAUUGCAAAUCACUUCCCACACUCAGCAGAAAGCUUUUCAGAUGACAGCGAGGAAUGGGCGGCAGACGACGACGAGACUUUCCCAUCUCCAACCAACGCAGUUGUGUACCUCCCAGAUGCCGUGAUCCACAGCCGUGCAUUCUCCCUGCCGGACGUAGGCAACCCAGAACUCCAUGUGAACCACCAGCACAGUCACAGUGACGUCAGUGCAGGCGGAGCCCAUGAACAAGCCAAAAAUGAAGCACUUCAAAAGUUGACCACAUUUUUCCGUUCGCCAAAAACUGUACAGCCGACUGCCGGCGUCACUGAACACCAAACAAGUCUUGUACAUCACAGAGAAAACGUGGUUCAUCAGCCACAGGCGAGUUCAAUCCAGGAAGAGGGCUUCGAACAUCCUGACAUGCUGAUUUUACCUCCUCCAGAGCUGUACGCCGACGUUAACAAGGAGUGACAGCAGACCAGGAAGAUGGGACUUUUCUUCACACUGUGACUUUUUAUAACUGUUCUUUUAUUUUUUUAAAACCGUGUGGAUUCAUAAAGAGAGUGGUACCAUCUCAGCAAUGGACUUCUUUGUGUUAUUGGUCUCAGUGAGAAAUCAAUAAACCAAGAUGGGUAAUUUGAACUGUUGAUUCCCUGGAAAAAAGGAGCUACAAGCCGCAUGCAAUCAGGAUUGGAUUUUUCCAUGGUUAUCGUGAAAUGGGACCACGCCAUCAUUUACCACUUUAGUGUUUUCACCACAUACGAUCUUUGAUGUAUUACUCCUAACUAAUCAUUCUCUUUAGUUGCUGUCUUCUGUUUGAGCAUGUCCUCCAUUUUCAUCCAAAUUUUAUCUGUGAACGUCUUUCGUUACAACAUGAAUGCCUGAUCGGAAACUGAACGCACAUCUAAUGACAUCCGAUACAAGACCGGUAGCAAAAACCUUUGAUUUAAAGGUGAAAAAUGUUGAUUUCUCACAAUACUUUUUUUACAAGACUAAAUACAAGACUACCUAUUAUUAAGUUAACUUUAUUCUUGUAACAAUUUAUUUGUGUAGUCUCAAUUUCUUUACUUUACAACAUUAUCGCCACUUUACACUUUUUUUCUUGAAAAAUACAAUUUUAUUCCAGUAACCUAACUCCUUUGUGGUAGUAUUGUGAUAUUUUUCUCAGAAGUUCCGGUGUUACUCUCGUAACUUAGCAGCGCUAAUUCUCAUCUUAUUUCGGGUAAUAUUGCGACUUGUUUUUGUUGAAUGUUCUUCUCAUAAUAUUGUUACUUUAUUCCACUUGUGCAUCUUCUUUGGUGUAAUAUUGCAACUUUUUCCAUGAUAUUUACUACUUCAUUCUAAAAACAUACUUUAUUAUCGUAACAUACGGAUUUCUUUCUUGUAAUUUGUUUUCAACAAUCUGUUUAUCAUCAUAUGCAUUUUUACAUAUUUUUUAAUAUUUUAAUCCUCUUAUGUGGCUACCCAAACUAUCACACAGUUACUCGCAAUUUGACAUGAAUUCUUGUAUUAGGCAUUAUUAAAUUGUGCAUUACGGGAUCUUCUGAAAGAGACAUCAUCCAAAAAAAACCCCACAAUUUUCUUUACUUUUUAUGUACCUUCCAAGACCUUCCCUCCACAAACUAAUAAUCACAACACAUCUUCCUUUUGUAUGUUUGUUUAUUGUUAUAUUUUUUCAAUAAAUACUUAUUAAAGUGCAAAAAUCAUAACAGC